AUGCAGCAAGAAAUAAAUACUGCAACACAUGACGAUUACAGUUUGAUCCGUCAAACUAGGGAAAAAUGGAAUCAAGAAGACUUUGCUUUGACAUUUCCCAAAACACCUAUGCCAGAUAUGAAGAAGAGAUCCGGACCUUCAGAAUUAGAAGUUGCAGUUCCUAGACGAGAGAAAAGGAAAAUUGAGGAAGGUCAAAAACCAACUCAUGUGUGGAUAGACCGGUUUUUAAGAGAAGUUUUCUUAAAGUCAUCCUUUUCUCUAGCUUUUACUAUACAGGCUCCAUUCAAAUAUCUUGAUAAUCCUCAAAACCAUUAUAUAAUGGCAGAGACUAGAAAGCCCAAAGAUGAUAAAAAAAGAAAAACUUUGAAGACAAAAUAGGGAAAAAUAAGCUCAUGUCUAAUAAAUCUGAGUCUGAAAACAAUAACCAAUGGGAAACCUGAAAUACUAGGCAAUACAGAAAAAAAUCCAUCAAAAUCAUCACAUAAAAGUAAAUUGCCUAAGAAGUCAAAUUCUACAUCAGAAACAAAUCUAGAAUCCAGCAAUUCUAAGGAAACCUUGGAAAUGGGUUUGAGAAAUGACAACAAAAAUUCAACGAAUUUCAUUAGGAAAGCGAUCAAUAAUGCAACCACAUGUUGCAAGGACAAUCCUAAUACAGACUCUAAGAAUAGCACUGAUAAAUAUUCUGAUGAGAUAUCAGAGUGUAUACACAGCUCAAAUAUGGAUUUAAUGUUGCAUCUAAAUGAGUUCAGAGCUGAAUCCACAGAUUUUGAUGAAUGGUUGACAAAUUGCUCACAGAACAAUGCAAAGAAGCCUUCCAAGAAGAGUGGAAAAAAGGAAAAGGACUCAGAUAUUGAUUCUGUAGACUCAAAGGAUGCAAAGAAAGAGGGAAAGAAAAAAUCCAAGACAAAGAAGGAUUCAGAAUCUACCGAUGCUGAAUCUGUUGACUCCAAGGGUGGAAAGAAAAAAUCAAAAACCGAUAAGAAAAGGGAAUCCAAGAAAAAGAAGGAUGCAGAAUCUACUGGUGGUGAAUCUGGGGGAUCCAAGGCUUCAAAGAAAGAUAAAGAAAAGAAGAGUAUAGGCAAAAGGGAUUUAGCAUCUUCUGGUAGUGGAUCUGUAGAUUCAAAGGGGGUAAAGAAAGUAAAAAGACAAUCAAAGAAAGAUGGCACGAAGACUGCAUUGUCUACUGAUUCUGAAUCAGAUGCAGCGUCAAAGAGGGGCAAGAAAGAUGAAAAGAAGGAAAAUAAAGGGAGGAGGAAGCCUAUUAAGGAUACAGUGUCUACUGAUGCUGAUUCUGAAUCUGAGGGUGAUUCAACAGGUAAAAAGGGUGAAAAGAAGGAUAAGAAAAUUACGAAGAAAGGAGAAAAGAAGGAAUCAAAGAAGAAUGCAGUGUCUACUGAAAGUGAUUCUGAUUUUGCAAUAAAGAAGGGAAAGAAAGAUAAAGUAAAGGACACGGGGAGUUGCAGUGAUUCAGCAUCUGAUACAUCUACCAAGGGAGGCAGAAGAAAAAUUUCAAGACUCUCAGAUACUGAAUCUGAAGACUCAUCAGAGUUUAGAGUUAUAAAGUCUACUGAUGAUUCAGAUGUCUCAUCUACAGACUCAAAGAGGGGAAUGACAGGAACAAGGAAAGGAUUCAGAACAUUAUCUAAAAAGACAACUUUCGAUGACAAGGGGAAAAGAUUUGUGAGUGGUAGAAUCCCUUCAUCAAGAGAAAGAUUACCCUUCCCUCCGUGUGAGCCUUUUAAAGCACCACCUAAGUCUAGACGUGUCUGUCAGUGCAAGAAACCACUUCAGCCUCCAAAACCAAAAUAUGCUCCUUUGCCUGGAGUGGAGUGGAUUCAUAAGCUGCUCUGA